AUGUUGAAAGUCCGAUACGGUUUAAUUUUGUCCUGUUAUUUUGCCCGGUUGUUGCCAACAGUCGCUGGUAGUUACAGCGGGAUGGAUACCGACUUGAUUUUCUCCUCUCGUCGGUCUCCUGUGGUAUGUUUACACGGCUGUGUGGCGUCCAGCCAGCCGCUAGCUUCAAGUAUAGGACUUGACAUCUUGAAGCGUGGUGGUAAUGCGGCAGAUGCUGCGGUUGCCAUAGCAGCAGCGCUGGCGGUAACAGAGCCAAGCAGCACCGGUCCGGGUGGAGACGCCUUCUGCUUGUUCUACAACGAAAACACUGGAGAGAUCCGAGGAAUUAACGGCAGUGGUCGUUCUCCCAGAGCUCAGACCCUGGACUUCCUGGAAGGACGUGGUUACACUGCAGAGGCCCCUCCUCCACCUUUUGAUGCCUUGAAUGUCACAGUACCAGGGGCCCCUGCAUGCUGGUGUGAUACCGUACAGCUGUUUGGUAGUCACAAGUUGUCCCUGCAGGAGGUGCUGAGUGGGGCGGUGGAGCUUGCAGAGGUGGGGUUUCCCGUUGCCGAGGUAACAGCUCACCACUGGGUGAACUGGGUGGCUGCGCUGAGAGAUGCUGGUAAGGAACUAGGUGGAGACCUGCUGUUUGAUGGCCAUGCACCCAAAUGUGGACAAGUAUUCAGAAACCCUACUCUGGCCAGGACCCUGAAGGAUCUCGGUGAACAUGGCAAACCAGGUUUCUACCAGGGCAGAGUGGCCCAAGCCAUUGUUGAUAUCAUCAACCAAAAUGGAGGAGUCAUGACCCUGGAUGAUCUCAGCAGCCAUGACAGUGAGGUCAUCACCCCUAUAAGCACAGAAUACAAGGGUGUGCGUCUGUGGGAACCUCCUCCUAACAGUCAGGGAUUGGUUGCCCUGCUGCUACUCAACAUCCUGGAGAACUUCCCUCUCAAAGCUCUAGGCCAUAACAGCUGUGACUAUGUCCAUGUAUUGGUGGAGGCUGUGCGCUUGGCACUAACAGAUGCUCUGCGUUACCUGGGCGACCCAGUCCAUGUGACCAUCCCUCUGGAAACCUUUCUGGACAAGAGCUACAGCCACCAGCAAGCGCAGCGCAUCAGCAUGGACAGGGCCAUGGAAGAAGUGGAGCCUGGCCUGACGACAGGAAGUGACACAGUCUAUUUCUGUGUGAUUGACAGUCAGGGCAAUGCCUGCUCAUUUGUCAAUAGCACUUAUAUGGGCUUUGGAAGUGGGCUGGUCCCCAAGGAUUGUGGAUUCUCACUACAGAAUCGUGGUGCCAGCUUUUCUCUGCGCCGUAACCACGUUAACUGUGUUGCUGGGGGAAAGCGGCCAUAUCACACCAUAAUACCUGCACUUCUCACCGACUCUGCAACCAAAUCACAAAAACCACGACUCCUCGCUGCACUAGGGGUGAUGGGGGCUUUUAUGCAACCACAAGGACACGUCCAGGUGUUGUUGAACAUGUUGGAGUUUGGGAUGAAUCCUCAACAAGCUCUGGACGCACCAAGAGUCUAUGUACAGUAUGACCACAAAACUGAUCAGUGGUUUGUUAAUCUGGAGGAGGGGGUUGACCAGGAGGUAGCCGAGGAGCUGAGAAGACGGGGCCACAAAGUCAACUGGCCAAUAACAGGCCACAAGAGGUCUCAGUUUGGACGGGGACAGAUCAUCACAGUGGGGGAUUGGUGGAACCCAUCUGUCAAUCAAGCUGAUCAUCCAUUCAGGGUGCUAUGGGCAGGAUCAGACCCCCGAUCGGAUGGAUGUGCUCAGGGAUACUAGACGUACGUGACCUCCUCUCAUCUUCAAUGUUGAUGUUAUAUGCAGAUAAAUUGAUCACAAAAGGCAAAUUCCUACAUAUGGAAUGUAGAGCAGAAGUAAUAUAAAUAUUUGGCUGUGACAUAAUUCACAGACUUGACAACAACUCAGGUUUAUAACACAGUCAUAGCGUAACACGUUGCACCUUCGUUAAGUGUCCUCUUUCAUCAUGUUCUUAUAUCACAUAUAGCAGUAACAGCCGAACAAUGCAUCAGUUUAAAAAUGCAAAACAGAAAAUAUCUCAAUAAAACAGUAUGAAUUGAAACUGUACACCAUCUUUCAUAGUUUGUGAUGAAAUCAUUGGCACUACAGGCCUUAUGUCCCUCCACAUCCUCUUGAUUUCAAGCUACAUUUAUAAGCUAGUGCACUAUUUAGUUUGCUCUUAAAUGUAGAACAACAAAUAGGAAACAAAUCUUCGUGUAACAUUACAUUACAUACCAAAGAUGGCCUUCCUCAACUGUCUUUUGGUUGCGAUAAUUAUCUGUUUCAAUCUCUUUAAUUAGUUGCUGCUGAUCUGAACAAUAUCAUUACAUAUAUACAAUAUGUAAUCCUGCUUCCUCAGUAAAUGAUAGUUGCGUCUUUACUCUGGGCAACUUUUUUCUAAACAAAUUGAGUUUAGAUUACGUAAUAAUGUGAUGUAAAUCAAGUCAAUCAUUGUUAUAAAUCCAUUCAAAUUCCGUUUGCAUCAUUUUCCUACACUUUAAAGUGAAGUAUAUUUGUUUCUAUUUUGUUGGAAAUGAACUGAUUUAACAUUCUGUAUUUCAAAUGAUCUAUGAAAUAUGCUGGAUCUGUUCAUGAUUUUGUAAAUCAAAUAAAUGUAAUUUAUUUUCAAGUGA